UACCACGUUCCUCCGAAUUCCCCACCCCACCCUACCCCCCGGCCCGGCGGGGUUAACAAAAACCGAACACCCUUCCUCCCAAUCCCACUCAUCAUCUCACCGGGAAACUCUCGUUUCGCUCAUUUUUCCGUGUAGCCCCUAAUAUUUCUCCCCCGAUUCAAUAUCUAUCUCCUAUCCAAUAUAUGCAUAGAAACGUAGAUGAAUCUGUUUCUACACCGCCCCCAUAUUUAGUAAAAAUUCUCUUACAAUUCUAUUUUUGUAUGCAGAAACGAGAUUGAGAAGUGAAGUUUUCAGUUAUGCUAAUCUUACAAUGCAUUCCUUCUGCUGUGUCUCGUCAAUGACGGCCGAGUAUUCUCCCAUGCCGCCUCCUCCCCAACCGUCGUCCGAUCCACUGCCCAGAGGUCAACAUUCUUCGACGAUCUCGGGUGCUUCGUCGAAUCGUGAUUUCGGGCCGGAUCGCAGUUCGCCAGGUGCUGCGAGUAAUAACAACAAUCACGUUCAAAAUAAUCACAGCCGGGAGUUGAAGAUCAACGAUAUAGUAGGGGAUGGGAUUUCUGGGAUUUUGUAUAAAUGGGUGAAUUAUGGGAAAGGUUGGAGGCAAAGGUGGUUUGUGUUGCAAGAUGGAGUUUUGAGUUACUAUAAGAUCCGUGGGCCGGAUGGGAUUGUUGUGAAUCAGGAAACGGAGAAAGGGUCGAGAGUGAUUGGGGAGGAAUCCAUGAGGCGGAUUAUGCGCCAGCACAGCAAUCAUCAUCACAAUCACCACAGAAGUGGGAGCGGUCUUUCGUCGCCAAAUAGCAGGAAGCCCAUUGGCGAAGUCCAUUUAAAGGUCUCAUCUAUUCGAGAGAGCCGAUCAGAUGAUAAGAGAUUCUCCAUUUUUACGGGGACGAAGAGGCUCCAUCUGAGGGCUGAGAGCAGAGAGGAUAGAAUGACAUGGAUGGAAGCAUUGCAGGCUGUAAAGGAUAUGUUUCCAAGGAUAUCCAACAGUGAGCUAAUGGCUCCCGUGGAUAACCUUUCUGUCUCAACAGAAAAGCUGAGGCAGAGGUUGUUGAAAGAAGCUGUAAGUGAGGCUGCCAUUCAGGAGACUGAGCUUAUUAUGAAGAAUGAAUUUGCUUCGCUGCAGAAGCAGUUGAUGAUCUUGAAGCAGAAGCAUUGGCUCCUCAUGGACACACUGCGGCAGUUAGAGACAGAAAAGGUAGAUCUGGAGAAUACAGUUGUCGAUGAGAGCCAGAGACAGUUAAAAGAAGUUGGAGCAUCCUCUAGAUCAAGGCAAGAUAAGUAUAGCGAAAGUGCCAGUGAGUCUGAGGAUGAAAAUGAGAGAGUGGAUGUGGCAGAGGAAGAUACAGAUGAAGAAGACAACACCUUCUUUGAUACCAGGGAUUUUCUUUCUUCUGGCUCGUUUAAAAGUAGUGGAUCUGACUUUAGGACUUCAUCAUUUUCGUCUGAUGAUAAUGAAGAUUGUGCUUUUGAAUCUGAGGAUGGUAUUGAUCAUUCCAUUAAAUCUGCUGGAACAAACUUUCCUUAUGUGAAGCGUCGGAGAAAAUUGCCAGACCCUGUUGAGAAAGAGAAAGGAGUGAGUUUAUGGUCAAUGAUUAAAGACAACAUUGGGAAGGAUCUUACAAAAGUCUGUCUUCCAGUCUACUUCAAUGAGCCUCUCUCUUCUCUGCAGAAAUGCUUUGAAGAUGUGGAAUACUCAUACCUUAUUGAUCGGGCUUAUGAAUGGGGAAAACAGGGUAACAGCCUUAUGAGGAUUCUAAAUGUAGCUGCAUUUGCAGUAUCUGGAUAUGCUUCUACAGAUGGAAGAAAUUGCAAACCUUUCAAUCCACUGUUAGGAGAGACUUACGAAGCUGAUUAUCCAGAUAAAGGCCUCCGAUUUUUCUCAGAAAAGGUUAGCCAUCACCCCACGAUUGUAGCAUGCCAUUGUGAGGGUAGAGGCUGGAAGUUUUAUGGCGACAGUAAUCUGAAAAGCAAAUUUUGGGGUCGAUCCAUUCAGCUUGAUCCAGUUGGUCUUCUGACCAUUGAGUUUGAUGAUGGAGAAGUCUUCCAGUGGAGUAAGGUAACAACAUCUAUCUACAAUCUUAUCCUGGGGAAAUUAUAUUGUGACCACUAUGGUACAAUGCGGAUACAAGGAAACCGUAAUUACUCUUGUAAACUGAAAUUCAAAGAGCAGUCCAUUAUAGACAGGAAUCCUCAUCAGGUGCAGGGAAUUGUCCAAGACAAGAGUGGAAAGACAGUAGCAACCUUGUUUGGGAAAUGGGACGAGAGCAUGUAUUACUCCAGUGGAGACUGCUCCUCCAAGCGAAAAGGUCAUGAAUCUCCAUCAGAUGCUCAUUUGCUCUGGAAACGUAGCAAACCUCCAAAAUUCCCCACGCGUUAUAACUUGACGCGUUUCGCCAUCACACUGAAUGAGCUUAUUCCAGGACUGAAGGAAAAGCUGCCCCCAACCGAUUCAAGGCUGAGACCUGAUCAAAGAUGCUUGGAAAAUGGGGAGUAUGAGAUGGCAAAUGCUGAAAAAUUGAGGCUAGAGCAGCGGCAGCGGCAGGCCAGGAUGAUGCAAGAGAGAGGGUGGAAGCCGCAAUGGUUUGCCAAAGAUGAAGCAUCUGGUACAUACCGUUACAUUGGUGGAUACUGGGAAGCUAGGGAACACGGCAAUUGGGAAUCGUGUCCCAACAUUUUUGGUCAAAUACCUUCUGAUCACACUUCAGAAUGAGUUUGAUCUUAAUUUUCCAUUAUGUUUUACUGUCUUUAGGAAAAUAUUGGAAGUCAGAUGUUGAUUGUUCAUACGUCUGAGCUGCAAGUAUGUCGAUAGCGGUUGUGUAUAGUAGUAAGAUGAAGCAACCAAGUUGUUUCAAUGAUAGAGACUUUUUUUUUUUUUAUCUUUUCAUUUGUGUCCAGUUUUCCUUACAACUCAUUUUUUACAUCCUGAGACGUCUCACUAUUCUUUAGCCCUUCAUUUUUUCAAUCUUGGAUGAGGGCUGUAUGCGUCUGUGAACACUGUCCUUUUUGGUUGUGAACAAUGCUAUUGCUACUACUAUCAUUUGUAAAUUAUCUUCCCAUGUUGCCAAUA